UGAUUUGGUUUGGUUUCCGCUACUGUGCUAUUGUGCUAUUUUUUGGUUUUUGGUAUUAAAAUCGCAAGAUAAUGUCGAUUUCCACUGCUACAGACAACACCACUAUUGGCUUCACAGAUGAGCGGACCGAAGGUGAUGAUGACACAUCACAAGGAAGCCAGCCAAAGGAAGACAGUAGUGAGUCUGAAAAUGAAAAUGAGAAUGAGAAUGAAAUUGAACAUGAACCUCAGAACCAAAACGGCGGCAGCCCUAGCCCUGAAGUGCAUGAGAUCACUAGUGACGAUGACGAAGACGGAGGUGUGUCCAACGAUGAUGAUGACUCAUCAAAUUCCAGCACAGACAGCAAUGACAGCUCCGAAGGCUCACAACAGAGCCAUAAAGCAAUUGAGGAGAAAAAAUUGGAAGAUCAACUCGAAAAUGGUGAUGAUGAGUCUGAUAUUGAAGAAGUUUCCAUGGAAGAUCCAUUGAAUCAAUCUCAAAACAAAAGCAAGCCAAUAGUUGUGAGCGAUACUAAAGGUUUGGCCGAGCUGGCGUCCAAGCAGGCCAAGACCAAUGGGGAUCAGAAGGAACCGACAGUGGUAAUAAUAGAUACUAACUCUAUCUUGUCAGGCAAAAACUCCUCUCCAGCCACAUCUAAACAUAAUGCAUCAACCAGUGCAAUUGAUGCACAAAACCUAUGUCAGAGUAUAGCAGCGCGUGGUACUACAAUCACUCCAGUUAGCAGCAAGAGUGUCCAAAAUAAUAUAACGCAGAACAGUACCCAAACGCCUCAGCCCCAACCAAAUAUUCUACCAUCUUUGACAGAUGACAUGUUUGUUGUUGAAGCUCCAUCAUUUAUAGUCCCUUAUGUGUAUGAAAAACCUUCAGUGAAACCUUUUAGAGAAUUUGUGGACAAAUUGGGCAAGGAGCUUGAGGAACUGAAAAUAAAAGAAGAUCAAGAGAAAUUAGAAAAGGAAAAGGCUGAGAAAGAAAGAAAAGAAAAAGAAAGACAGGAAAGAAUUGAGAGAGGUGAACUGGUGCCUGAUGAUGACGUUGAGAAGAAAGAGGAAGAGUCUAAAGUUACUGAUGAAGAAUCAGGCAAAUCAAAAAGAGAGGAUAAGAAAAAACGCAAGCGUCGCACUGAAGAAGAUGACGAUUCCUGGGAUGGUGAGUCAAGCUCUGACUCUGAUGAAGACGUCAUCAGUGAUGACGACACCGUAGUUAUUAAGGAAAAGGAUGAUACGAUUGAGGAGAUCAAAGAUCCCAUCAGCUUGAUUGCCAAGGGUCUAUCAGGUAAAUCAGACAGUUAUUUUGAUUGUUCCUUAGGACAGUUUUUUAUUAAUAUAGGCUUAAAUUUAGUACAAGAAUUUGUGCAAAGUGACCUGUUAAAACAACAAAACCGUAAGUUAUAUAAGGAAAAGAAGUCUGGACGCAGCACCCGUGCCACGGAAGCUGCAAUCGUCUCUCUCACGCAAAACUUGGACUUCAGUAAGAGAACCAAUGCUCCGUAUGCCCUAAAACAAAAAAGAUGUGAUUUUUGUAGUUUUAAAACCGAGUCCAUGUUAGUCAUGGCUCAUCACUUAGAAGCACCUCACAUGAGGAACAAUAUUUACAAAUGCAACACCUGCGCAUUCGAAAUUCGCAGUCCUCACGAUAUAUUGUUUCACAUGGAGGCCGAGCACAACAUCAGGGGCAGGUUGGAGAGGGCACCUGCGUAUCAGCAGUGUGCCAACUGUCAUUUCGAGGACAACAGUAAAACUAAAUUGGCACGACAUCUCAUCGCAUGCGCCAAAAAGUUCAAGCCCGAGUUCAAUCUCGGCCCGCCCCUCGAAUGGGAACCCCCGGCGAAGAUACCAAAGCUGACCAGGGCGAGGAACAACAUGGUGGGGCCCUACCCCAGCAACUUCAACCGGGCUCACGUCGGCAUGAACAACCUCGGGCGGCCGCCGCUCAACGUGUCGUCGGUGAUGUCGGGGCUGCCCGUGCUGGGCCGGCCGCGCGGCCGCCCGCCGCUGGCGCCCGCGCGCCCCGCCACCGUCUCCGGCGUGCCCAUCAUCCGCAGCGGCCUCAUGAUCAUGCACAACACGCCCCCGGUGGGCACCACCAUUUCCAACUACCCCAUGGUCCAGAAUAACCAAGCCAAUAAUGCCACACCAAAAAUCUCCAUCACUCCGCUCCCCCGCGCUCCGCAGCCGUCGUCGUCGCAGUCGUCUCAGAAUUCCAAGGCCACUUUCGUGAUAUGCGAAAUCUGCGAUGGAUACAUUAAAGAUUUGGAGCAACUCCGGAAUCAUAUGCAAUGGAUUCACAAGGUGAAGAUUCAUCCUAAGAUGAUCUACAAUAGGCCUCCACUCAACUGUCAAAAAUGCCAGUUUAGAUUCUUCACUGAUCAAGGUCUCGAAAGACACCUUUUGGGUUCCCAUGGGCUCGUAACCAGCUCUAUGCAGGAAGCGGCGAACAAAGGAAAGGACGCAGGAAGGUGCCCUGUGUGCGGAAGGGUCUAUCAGUGGAAACUGCUGAACCACGUUUCCCGAGACCACAACAUGACUCUCAAACCGGCGCACCUCUCCUACAAAUGUACGGUGUGCACCGCCACUUUCGGUAUGUACAAGCAAUUCGAAAACCACGUGUAUUCGGCCCACAGUGUGGUGGCGAAACGUGUGAUGGAUAAGAGCAAGUCCUCGACGCCAUCCAAGCCUUUGGAUUCCGAUCCACUGCUUAAGCCGCUGAAGAUUAGCGACGAAAUAACCAUAAUACCACAACCUGCGAAAUCGUCUCUCACGAUCACAGCGAAAGGCAAAUAACGUUAACGUCGAGGGCGAGUGCGUGCGCGACGGUAUCCAGGCUGCUUCACCAGUAACGCACUUCCGCGACUUGAGCAGUAUUGUGUAAAUAAAUCUAAGCUAUAACAUUCUUAUUUAAAAUAUUGAUGUUGGGAAUACUGGAGAUAUAGUGACAAUUUAGUAAAAAGUAAGUGUGAAUGUUAUUUUUAAUAAUAAUAAAAAACAAAUUACAGUCUAACUUAAGAUGUAAAUUCAGUGUAUAAAAUUACAAUAUAGAUAUGCAACAAAUUGUAUUUUGUGAGUUACAAAGUAGGAUUGUCUAUUCCACUGCGUACUUGCGACUCGCGGCCGUGGCGCCCGAUGGUCACAAAAUAUUACUAAUCUAAAGAUCUGUACCCUCACUGUGUUAGUUAUAGCGUGCAAGGCUAGUGCAUGAAUGCGCAGGUAACACCAACUCUUCUUCAUAAACUCGAGUGAUGUUAUUUAUUUGCGGAAGCGCUAAUCAUGAUUGUAAUCUAAAGUCGAUAAUUAUUGUUUGCCUAUUUUUUAAUUUAAAUAUAGUUGGUCAACUGUUUCAGGAUUAUUGUAAAAAUAUAAUUUAGGUAGAGACUUUCCAUUAUGAAUGUAUAAUAAAUCAUGAUUAUUAUAGAUUACUUAAGGAAUUAAGUUAAUCGUAGACUUUAAUUUAAUUUAAGAUUGUUUAAUUGACAACCAUUUCUAAAACUAAAAACCUCUCCCAAUCCCGCAGACAGUUUCCUACGAAAUUGCUAUUCAAUAUCACAUCGGUCUUAUUUAUUCUGAUCUCAGGUCAACAGACUGGAAUGUUGAUUUGGUAAAAGUUUACUAAAUUGUUAAAUGUACUUAUAGAACUGAAAAUGAUGUAUUUUUUUUAUUUAAUAAAAAAGACCAUUGUAACUAA